AUGGAUGAGGUGGAGCAGAUCCAGGAGGCAAUCCAGCAGCUCGUGGACCGCCGGAGGAGAAGGAGGAACGAAGGCAGAGCGGCCUCCGAGCUCGACGAGGAAGAAGAAGACCGCCUCCUCUCCGAUUUGCUGUCCCAGGUCUCUAGAACACCAGAACGAGAUUUACGGGAUCAGACGGCGGCUUUCUCCGAUUUCCCCUCUCUUUUCCUCUCGUCGUUCGAGUUCCGAUUCUUCCCGACUCCAUUUCAACUCGUCUCUCUGUAUUUCUUCAAUCGAAGUCGUGUUUCCUCCUGAAGCAGAUGGAUUCCGGAGACGAAGCUUUUCACCUAGAUGAUGAGAACUCGAUGAUUUCUACUACUGUCUGUCAAUCAAUAGCAGUUACGAUAAGAUAUCGAUCAGGAACAGCGUAUCCGCCAUCACAAGAAAUAUAUAUCCUCCUCCUGGCUGUCCAUCCCGCCACCAAUAGAGACUGGAUUCACCAGGCUCUUUCUAUCCUAGGCUGGUGGAUCCUGGUCAGCAGAGCAUUCCAUUUUUUCCAUUAAACGUCGUGUUUUCCGGUAUUGUAUGAUCCGGUCCGCAAGAAUUCACCAAGAAAUUCCAGAUAUCGUAUGAUCCACGAGCUGUUUCCGUCUUCGAUACUCACCUAAUCAGCCAUGAAUUCAUCGCCGAUGUCUGAUUCCUUGAGAAUGCGAACUGUAAACUCUAAGCAUGAACUCAUUCGUGCUUUGCAACAGCUGGCCUCCUUGAAGGUCCCAUCUGCAGCGGAGGCGGACAAACGAGGAGCCGAUGAUGAUCUGGCGAGCGAGCUCAGGAAGCUGAGGAGACAAAACACCAUCACCCACUGCCUCUUGUCCGCCAUGAUCGUCGUCACCGCCGCUUGGCAGCUCUCGGCGGCCUCCCUUCUGCUCAGUCUCAAGAGCGGGCUCACCAAUCCAUUCAAGACCGCUGUAAGCCUGAUCGGGAGCGUUCUAAAGGGAGGAGGAGGAGGGGACCUGCAGGAGUUGCAGAGGCUAUCUUCCAACUCAAAUCACCAACAGCUCGAAGGGCCCUCCUCCGCCCCCCAGCUCAGCCUUCCAGAGCUCCCAGCCAUAAGCUUGCCAUCUCUGGCAGGGGAUUCUUGA